UUCCGCUUUUUGAGCAACGUUACCUCAAAUUAGCUCCACUGGCUACAUGCGAGGCAGAUAUAUAUAUAUAUUUUUUUUAUUUUACACGUUUUUCCAGUUCAAACGUGAAUCACAAGUCCGUUAUAUCACCGGAAAAUCUUGGUACCAUGGCGAGGCGCCUCUCUAUUCACUCCCAACUCUCCUCCAUCAUAGAGACCAUGGCCAAGUCUACAUUUAGCCAGGUCUGCAAGCUGGUGGACCAGGACACAGCCGAGCUGCGAUCGGAGCUGUCCCGGCUUCUGUUUGCCAAUUCAGCCCUGGCAGAGAAAGUGAACAGUCUGGAGUGUGAACUGACAUAUGUGAGAGGAGACACCCCCAAGAAAAGUAGAAGUUAUUGCAGCGUAGGUGUGCAAACUGUCUCCUGCAGAGACGAGGAACAUCGUGAUGAGACCUGCCCUCCCACUAUAGAGGGGAUAUUUGGAAAAGACUGGUGUAUAAAUCUGUGGAAGGACAGAGACCCAAGCAAACUCCAGAGAUGCAUAUACUCACCAGGGUCUCCUGAUAAGCCUACUGCAACCCUGUUGGAGCAAGUCACAGUUGACGAGAUCAAAGAAGAGGAGUUGAUGUCAAACGCUGCCAUUAACUCCGAUGAGAAAACAAUAUGCAAUGAAGAACAUAAAGAAAGCAUGGCUGAGGAAUCAGAUGAGCAGUCAGCGGAUUACUCGGUCGAUGUCAGUACUUGCAGCUUCCCACGUGAUCAGGAUGGACACCAGGGUGUGUCUUCAGGAGGUACAGAAGAAACAACUCUGCAGUUGAUGCGUAUCAAUAAUACAACAGAAGACAUCUUUAGCACCCAUAUCUUUCCAAUUGAAGUGGAGGACAAUGAGGAGGAUGAUGAUGUUCAGUUUGUCCAAGCAAGCCUAAUCGAGGCAGCGUCGAGCCCUGCGGUUGGGCCCAGUCAUGACGAACAGCAGACAUUACCAACAAAUAUCAAUGAGAACUGCCCCAAUCUGGGUAAAGAUGGCCUCAAUACCUUGAAUGUGGUCAGUUUAGAAACCACCAGAGCUCCAGAAAACAACACAUUUACAUGUCAAAUAUGCAACAGGACGUUCUUUCACAAAGGCACGCUGACACACCACAUGAAGUCACACAAGACAAACUUCUGCAGCAUCUGUAAGCAACAUUUCCCUCAAAGGAAGAAGUUAAACUCCCACAGCUGUGUGCCUCCUGUUGCUCAUCAGAGAAUGAGCAAGUCGUGCGAGUUAUGCGGCAAGACCUUUGCCAACCAAUCAGCUCUAAGGAUUCACUAUGUUGUCCAUACAGGUGAGAAACCCUACAGGUGCAGCUUUUGCGGCAAAAGGUUCACCCAAAAAGGCAACUUAAAAUGUCAUCUACGCAUCCAUACCGGUGAGAGACCUUUCCUGUGUGUGAAAUGUGGGAAGACCUUCACACAGAAAGUGAACCUCAAUCAUCAUUUAUUGGCACACUUAAAUCGUGAGGUGGUUGGAGGAGGGUCGUUAACUCAGAAACAAUCUAAAAACUCACCAGCAGAAAUCUCUCCAUGAAUGGACAUAAUGUCUGUUUAUUAGCUUCAUUCGUGGUAUGCAUCAUAUCACACUUUUUACUCCAGUUUAAAUGCCAUUAACGUCUCGAUUGCAACGUCUCUUUGUCCAUCUAUAGUAUUGUGCUUGAAACAAACAUUUGUGUAAAUUAUUUUACAGCGUUUCUUAUGUGUUUUGUCUCUGUUUAAUAAAACAAAGCCAUAGAUACAAAUGU